AUGACCAGCGCCAGCCGGCGAACUCGUAUGGGCUGGAGCCCUGCCGCCUCAGGCUGCCAUGCCGCCGUCACGAGCCGGAGAAGACCGGUUCUUCCUCAAACAUUCAGACGCUAUUUCCGGCAGCUUCGGCGACGGAAUCCGUCGAUCCAGAUUGAUUUUCGAGUUAGGGUUUGGCCGGUUUUGGGAUCGCAAUUCCGGCAACUUCUGGCCAGUGUUUGGGGUAGGUCCAAAAACAAAAGUGGCUCCAAAUCAUAUUAUGAACCUAGGGUAGGAAGCUGGACUUACGAUUGCAGAGUUUUCCGGUCAUCGGAAUUGAUCAAGCCACCCACGUGCUACCAGCGCGUGGGCAGUAGGGUGGGGACCACAUUCAGUUCUAGAAUGAUCCCUUGGUCCUCACGAGCGCGUAGGAUUUUGCAGAUCUUAAUUCGGAUAACGUUUGAACCCCGAACGGAUCUCGCCUAG